AUCGCCCUCAUCGCCAUGGCCAUCGCCAACGCCGCCGAGAGGAAGCUCACCUUGGGGGGCAUCUACAAGUUCAUCACCGAGCGCUUCCCCUUCUACCGGGAGAACCCCAAGAAGUGGCAGAACAGCAUCCGCCACAACCUCACCCUCAACGACUGCUUCGUCAAGAUCCCCCGGGAGCCCGGCCAUCCCGGCAAGGGCAACUACUGGACACUGGACCCGGCUGCCGAGGACAUGUUUGACAAUGGGAGCUUCCUGCGCCGGAGGAAGCGCUUCAAGCGGACCGACAUCACCACCUACCCUGGCUACAUGCAAAACUCCAGCGCCUUCACACCCCCGCCCGCUGGCCGCCCUGCAGCACCAACAGCACCCUACCCCAACGCCCUCUGCUCGCCCAGCUAUGGCCCCCAGCUCUCCAGCACCGUCUUCCACCCCUAUGCAGCUGGGGCAGCACCGCUGACACAGCAUCCCAGGAUGUUCAGCAUCUCCCCCCCUCUCCUGCCUGUGGCGCAGGGAAGCUACUCACCUAGCAGCCCACAGCUCUACGGGGCUCCCAACAGACUGGCCCUGCCGGCCAUGCGGCCCCCCGCCUGUGCCGAGCACAGCGAGCAGCUCCUGGGGCUCUCAGCAUCACCCCUCAGCCAGUUCGGCUCCAGCAACACCUACAUGAGGCAGCCCAAUUACCCCGCCGGCCUGGAGCGGUACAUGUGA